ACAGUAAAAGCUUUUAAAUCUAAUCCAAUCCAUCUCCUUUCGUGCACCCAUGAAACCGAAAUAUAGAAUCACCACAUUUACUUCACAACUCAAAUAGAAACAAAUUUCAACAAAAUCAAAAAAAACUUCUCUAAUUUUUCUUCAGCUUAUAGUUUCAUCUUCUUCUCCAUGCUCAAUCCAUUUCUUUCAGACAAAAUCAAGAUUCAUACAGACAACAUCAAACAAUGGUAACUGGCUGGAGAAGAGCAUUUUGUACUUCAAUUCCCAAACAACAACAACCGGAGGAGGCUGAUAAAAAACAACCGUCGAACACCACCACCACCGCCAACAGCCCAAGAAUCAGCUCAAAAUUUGGGUUUUUCUCUAACCCAUCAACCCCGCGUUUACAACCUCAGCCACCUUUGUCGAAUCUCCGGUGUAAAACCACUGCUACACCACCACAGUCGUCACUGCCUAACAGUCCAAAACUCCAAUGCAAGAAAUCAAACAGUCCUCGAGUUCUCUUCAAUUUCUCCUCCAAUCCCUCCUCUCCUAAAUCCCCGUCCACCACCACCUUCUCUUUUCUCAAAGCCACGCUCCGCCUCUCCAAGAGUAAAUGCGGAAUCUGUAUGCAAAGCGUGAAAACUGGACAAGGAACGGCAAUUUUCACGGCGGAAUGUGGCCACGUGUUUCAUUUUCCGUGCAUUACCAGUCACCGGAAAAACAAGAACCAAGAACACCUUCUUAUCUGCCCGGUCUGCAACGCAAAUUGGAAAGAAUUACCUCUAAUUUCAAGCAAUCAAGAAAUCAAGAAACAAAAUCAAGAAAAUUUUCUUCAUGUUGACGUGGCUGCUUCUAAUAAAAUCAAGAACUUGCGUGUCUAUAACGACGACGAGCCGCUUUUAUCACCUUCUCCGGGCUCUCUUUUCAAUUCUAUACCUGAAAACGACGUCGCAGAAGAUGGAGUUGGUAAUGAAAACGACAGUUCCAUAACAGCUCAGGAAUUUCAAGGUUUCUUUGUAAAUCCAGCUCAAGUUAUUGAAGCUAAAAGAAAUUUGGAAUUCACUUUGUUACCGGAAUCUGCGGUUGUUACUGCCGGCAGGGGUUAUCAGACUCAUGUGGUGGUGCUUAGAGUCAGAGCGCCGCCGUCUACGACUGCGCGUAGACCGCCUAUUGAUUUGGUGACGGUUUUAGACGUGAGUGAGAGGAUGGGAAGUGUGAUGUUACAAAGGAUGAAGCGCGUGAUGCGUGUAAUUAUAUCUUCUCUUAACUCUUAUGAUCGUUUGUCUGUUGUGGCGUUUUCGGCGAAUUCUAAACGGCUGCUGCCGUUAAGGAGGAUGACGGCGGAUGGUCGGCGAUCAGCGCGUAGGCUUGUUGACGCUCUUGGGACUACCAGUCAAGGGAUGAGUGCAAACGACGCGCUUAAAAAGGCCGCGAAAGUGAUUGAAGAUCGCCGAGUUAAGAAUCCGGUUUCCAGCAUCAUCAUCAUAUCCAACGGUCAAGACGACAGGUCCCACAUGAACUCCUUUAAUCAUAAGCGUUCAUCAAUGAUGGCAGUAUCCUCCACGCGCUUUUCUCACUUGGGAAUCCCUGUACACUCGAUUAGCCUUGAAAAUACAAGCGCGUUGAGUCACGCUCUACAUGAAGAUUCCAUAGCUAAGUUUGUAACUGGAUUAUUAAAAGUUUCGGUUCAAGAUGUUAAGCUUCAAGUCGGGUUUGGUUCAUCCGGUUCAGUAUCCGCCGUUUAUUCACUAACCAGUCGAGCCGUUGCUUUUAGUCCCGGUUCGAUUAGGUUAGGCGAUUUACACGGCGAGGAAGAGAGAGAAUUACUCGUAGAAUUAAAAGUGGAUGUGGCUUCUGUCAGAUCCCGCCACGUGUUAACCGUGCGGUCGUCGUUUAAAGAUCCAUCGUCGCAAGAGCUAAUCUUAUCUAAAGAACAAGUACUGUCACUACCUCGUCCUCAAGCCGUUAGAUCAUCUUCACCUAAUAUCCAACGGCUGAGAGAUCUCCACGUAAGCACAAGAGCAGCAGCAGAAUCUCGUCGGCUAAUAGAUAAUAAUGAUUUAUCUGGAGCUCAUCAUUUAUUAUCAUCGGCUCGAGCCUUGCUAAUGCAGUCGAGUGACGGCUCAGCUAACGUUCACGUACGCAGCUUGGAGGCUGAGCUGGGUGAGCUGCAUAGGAAGAGACAGCUGAUGGCUCAGAGCCAAAGGCAGAUGAGUGGUCAAGGUCAACAAGUGGAAGAGAAGCUUGAGCCGCUUACGCCGACAUCGGCUUGGAGAGCCGCAGAAAGAUUGGCUAAGGUGGCGAUUAUGAGGAAGCAUAUGAAUAGGGUCAGCGAUUUACACGGCUUUGAAAAUGCAAGAUUUUGAAAUUUUUUAGUAUAAAAAGAUUUUAAAUUUUUGUUUAUUAUGUAAUACAAAAAGAAUACUUUUAAUAGAUUAUUUAUAUAAAAAAAAAUUGAAGAAAAAGAAUGAGAAAUGAUUGAGUGGACCCGAGUACAUAAUAGCGACAAGCAGUACCGGACGACUAGGUCCUUUCGGCAGUGAUAAAGGAGUGAGAUGAAAUGGAACCCAACUUCUUAUAUGAUAGUAUUUAUGAUCACAUUUUGUUUUGUCCUUUUCA